AUGGCGACCGGGAAUCUUUGCGAAGUUUGCGCCUCAGAGCCGUUUAAAUAUCGAUGCCCUGCUUGCGAGCUUAUGAGCUGUUCGCUCGCUUGCACUCGAACACAUAAAAUUUACUGUGCACCCAAAGCGUCCAAAACCUCUCAAGCGACCGAUGCGCGACCGCAACCCAACGAAGCCAAUGGACAAGUCGUCGAGGAUGGACAUAACUUGAACUCUCAGAAAUUGGCUUCACAGAUCAAGGACCUUUUGGAACAGUGCCCGCCGCUCCGCGACCAGCUCAGAGAUAUCUAUAAGGCUACUUUAGAGGAGCAAUGGGUGGAGGGUCCUGUGCAUAAAGAUAGACCUCGAAAUUUUGGGAAAUCCAGGCCACCACCACGUUCCCGAGGACCGUGGACGCGGGAAAAGGGUUUCAAGAGGGGCCUGGGGAAGGUCCGGAAGUACAGAGAGCAAUUCGAGGACGGCUCGGAGACCGGCAAAGGUGCUGAAGGACUCAUGCGACUGUUGGCUCUUGUGAAUGAGGGCCCUCCGCAGGAGCCUCAAUGA